UUGAGAGUGGUGUUCAGACAGAGAGGGGAGAUUUCAUUUGAGUUCUGAACUGUUGCACUUCGCAGGUCUCUACUGUGGAGCAAACAGGAUUAACCCAACUCGCUGUGUGCCCACCUGCUGUAAACUCCAGAGGACAACUUAAUUCAGGGGGGAAAAGAUUGACAGCUGAUCAGAACAGGAUCCCUGAUUAUUUGUUUGGAGUGGGAAGAUCUGGAACUGCUUGGAUGCUCUACAGGCCAGCGCUGUUGACCAGUCUGUGUAAUGUAGUGGCAGAGACUGUAGAUUGAAAUGAGCAAGAGAAAGCAUCAAAUGUUCCAAAACUCGUGUUUCAAAUGUUCAUUCGAAGUAAUGAAGUAUUUUUCAUGACUUGUUUUUGAUCAUUAUUUUUUUCAACUUCAUAACUUUUACAUGAUCUUUUUAUGCUGUAAAAUGGUUAGCUUUAUUGAUACCGUGGAAUUGAUUACUGUAGAAAAUACUCUACAUUGGUAAUUUCCAGAUUAUUUUAACGUCUUAAUGAAUGAAUUACAAUAAACAAUUUGGGGAUAUUUUAGGGUAAAGAAUCCUAUCAAGAAUUUCAUUUAAAGUUGAACUCCAAUGUUGGAGUGUUAGUUUGCCUCAGUCUUGUAGCAUUUGGUCAGUAUUUGGAACACCAUGGUGGGUCACUCUAUGAUACUGUACAUGGUUCUUACUGUUCUGCUUGGAUGGGCCUCACAGGCCCAGGAUGAGAGUACCCCAGAAAUGGACAUUACACAGGCCAAUCAGACGGCGGAUCCUGCAAUGGCUUUCGUGACGUUAGAAGGAGCCUUGAGCUCACCUUCAGCAGAAGUGGAGGAGGAAACAGUUGCCCACACAGGUACCCGUUGCCAGGGCUACUAUGAUGUGAUGGGCCAGUGGGACCCUCCUUUUAACUGUAAUGCAGGAAUCUUUCUUUACUGCUGUGGCACCUGCUUCUACCGCUUCUGCUGCCAGUUCCGUCAGCAGCGGCUGGACCAGACCUCUUGCUCCAAUUACGAUACACCCAUUUGGGCCAACACGGGCAAACCUGCGGAUCCCAUCACGGAGGUGCAUUCAGAACACGAGCGGGACCGUACCCAUCUGAUCGUCUACAUAAUCUGUGGUGUGGUGGCUGUUAUGGUCCUGGUUGGCAUCUUCACCAAACUGGGCCUGGAGAAAAGGCGAGGUGGGCAAAAUGACCUCGGGAACUCAAGGUACAUUUAUGACGGCUUCCAAAUGGAAUCUCUGAACCUGCAGGAGCUGUUGAAGAAGCCAGGCAGGGAGCUGAACCCUGUGGACGGACCGGGCAGCUCCUAUCCCACUGGAGCCUGCGGCGUCUCGGCUAGGGUCCUGCGCAGCCGCAGCGGUGAAAGAGAAAAGUACCACCUCAACAAUGUUGGUUUCCCUUCAUACAUGCUGACGGCUGGACUCCCUCAUCCCCAAAGGAAUUCUAACCUGCCGGGCCUCGAACUCAACAAGUAUUCCUCACUGAAGGCUGUUGCAGACAAUGCUGCCAGAGGUUACUAUAAGAGUUAUCCCCUCAUGGACCUCUCACAAUACCAAAACCCACCUGCACCCCUCCAACCCAUUCCAGUGCAACCCAAAGACGUGACCUACAUACCCCAGGCUUUCCCGACCCAGAACAUCCCCUCCCCCCUGUCUGUUUCCAUGCCAGUGAGCCAACUGGAGAGGAUGUGCAUCUCAAAGACCCCUACCAAGCCUCUGCUCUCCAGCUCAGCCUUCAGAACUUGGGACUCCAGGCCCCAGCAUGUCCAUCGGCAGAUCUCACAGCCUGUACGCUCCAGCCACCAGCAGACCUACUGCAGCAGGAGGCAGUACAGCUCAGAGACACUGCCUGAGUUUUUUUCACAGCCCAUGGCCUACAGAGCACCACUGGCAUAUCAUUACCCACCCAGGCAGAAGGCCUACCAGACCAGCAGCAAGUCAGAGGUCACUGUCUGAGAGUUCACGGGCACCUGGUAAUUUUGCUGUUGUCCUUUUGAGGUUUCUGACCUCCACAACCCCCCAACCCUACACACACCCACACUGAGUGGACAAGUUAGUGUAGGAUAGUGUUCAUCCUGGCUAUAUUAACUAACAGGUACACAGAUAAUGUCUAUCACAGUCACAUCAACCCUACCUCUUAAGUGAGACUGCUUCAUAAUCAUCUUGGCCAUCUACACAGAUACGCAACCGGUAGAUCAUUUAACAAGAAAAACAACACAAAGUGAACAUGAUCCUCUGAUCUGAGACAGAGGGACUGUCAAUCAUCAGUUUGUAUGCUCUCAUUUGUGCGAGCCCGGGAAGUGUGUGGAGGAUAACCAGAAGCUCGUGUUUUUUGUGGGUGCUUACCAUGAGAGGUCCUACAACAUCUGUUUUUCCUGAAUGAUGUUGUCAGUAGACGUCCUAAAGAUUACAUCUUACAGCAUUCCUGGUGACACCUCACAACUAUCAUCACACUGAGUCAGUUCAGCUUACUGUAAUCUAUGUUGAAGGACUGCAGCCGUGAAUAUGUUGCAAAUGAACACAAGAAAACUUGUUACCUCAACCUUGCUGCACGUUUGAAGCGUUUUCAGUAGUCUGAAUCUAUAAAGAGAUGUGGGACAUUAUCCGGAAUUUAAAAUUAUUCCAUCCUACCACACAGUCCCAGCCAAGUAAUGGGUACAAUUCUUUGCACGCUUUUUGGUCUUCAGUCAUUUGAUAUUCAUUCAUUUAUGAUUUCUAGCUCUGUCCUUCUCUGCUUUUAUUCUCUAGCUCCUCCAAAUUGAAGACUGAUACAGAUAAGACCCACUGUGACGUAGCUCAUUUUAGCUGUUCUCAUACAACCACCUCACAGGCAUUAGACUAGCUCAGAAAUCCAUCCUAGACCUCCAACAGCUGUGAAAUUUUAUCAUUUGUAUGGAUUGUAGGGACUGGAUGAUAAAUCAUUAUUAUUAAAUAUAACCUAUGCAAAAGCAAAAGGUUAAACCUACCUGUGUCGGACCCUGACGCUUCUGCAAAGUGAUGCCAUUUCCUAAUGCAUUCAGAUUGUUUCCUCUACAUUCCAAACAAGCAUGAUGUACCUCAGACUUUCUACAUGGAAGCAUAUUGGAAAAAUUGUUCAUCCUUGACGUAAACACUCUGCAUACCCAUUUCAGUUAGUAAAUCAGUUUUUGUCCAGAAAACAAUAUGAUAUAAGAAUUGAUAGAAACUCCCAAUAUUUCCAAACGCAGGGGAGGAAAAGAACACAGAGGAACCUGCAGUUCAAUCACAUUUUAUCUACAACAAUACGUUUUAUUUCUGAGUAACUAAAUUCUGGUUUAAUUUCACUGUAUAUGUACUUAAAUGCACUGCCAAUCAUCUUCAGUAUGGAAUCAAGUAUUUAUUCAAAUGUGAUAACAUUUGGUUGUCAACAUUUUCACACAGCAUGUACAUAUUACAUACGAAUAUUUGGUACAUUACAUGUAUAUUAAAUGUUGCUUUGUAAAUGUAACAUACAUACAUACAUACAUACAUA